AUGACGACAGCAUUACACCGAUUCCUUGCCGUUGCUACCAUUGUUUUGUCGAUUUGGGCGUAUGGAAUUUUGGGGAAUGGGCCUUUGGCCAAUUUUGCCUUUUAUGGAGUAAUUGUUGGUGUUCUCUCGUUUGGAGUAAGUGUUUUAAUUUUUGUUUUCAUUUUUAGAUACAGUAAGAUGCAGAAAGAAAAUUCUUUGCCACAUUUUGGAUAAGGGAUUUGAGAUUGCCUAAUUUCAUGACCUUACUUUAGGUCCAUUGCGUUUAUCAAGUUAUUUCUCGUGCACUUGGAAUAAAUGAUGUCCCCGAAGCCUUUACCGAACUUCAGAAGGAGAUUGCGGAGGCUCAGAAGGAAUUGCGAGCCAAGAAGAUCAUCGACUAA